AUGAGGAGACUUCCCUCCCCUUCGCAGGCAACAUGCCUGAGCGAAGCAAAGCUUUUGCGGAAGCUGCAGAAUCGAAUUUCUGCGAGAUCACGAGAUUUGACGCCGCUCGCAGAUUCCACGUAUUCCAAGACAGGUACGCUUAGCCAGUGCUCUCUGAGUUCACGGAACUCAUUUUCAGCCAAAUCGUCGCGACUUACAUCCGUGCGAUGCGCUGUUCCUCCGAUCGGCGUCAGUGCGGCAUUUCUGGUGUCAUGUCUCGUCGACGUCGGUCCUAUGGCUUCGGAGACUGCACAAACAACAAGAAAUGUAGCUGCGGCGCUGAGGCUCAAGCGCGAGGAGUGCCGAGACUCGGCGCGCAGCGCAGCGGAGCUGGCAGAGCGGCAGGAGGUGCAUCCGCUGACGUGUGGCGAGGUGGCGGGGCCGUGCUCCACGCAUGUCGCGCACGCCUGGGAUGCGAGCUUUCCAGAGCUUGUAGACUGCUUGGUGCGAGAUGCGGGCUCGGAUCUGGACCGGCGGUACAGCAUCGACCUCUUUGGAGCCGAGCAUCUGUCUGGACAUCUGGAAGUGGUGCCUGAAAGUGCCCCGGCGCGAAGCUCUCAGGGGUCCCAAGCAUGCAAGGGGGAGGAUCCGGUUGCAGCGGUGCAAGCUCUCGUGCACGGCGCCAAAGAAGUGCUGCUGGUGCUGGACAAAGAGCUGGCUUGCUUCUCACGGCUUUGGGUUUUGACCGAAGCCAUGAUGGCCACAGCUGCUAACAAGCUUCGAAUCUGCACAUCUGACCCACGGGGCUACGGCAGCUCUAUGGACGACAUUCUAAGAUGGGAGAGUCGUAUUGAUGCCAUCGACUGGUCCUUGGCUGAGGUCAGCCGUAAGAGCGAUGACCGGCGGCUCCGGUCCUUCAGCGAACGUGUCUGGGAUGUGCACGGCAUCGGAAACGAAAGGCUUCUGGCACAGCUCAAGGUGCAGCUGAGGAAGGAGGUGAACGGCCAGGUGCUCAUCAAGGCGGUGGAGGCUGGUGAUUGGAAGGCCAUUGACGCUGCACUGGACAGAGGUGCCUCGCUAGAGCAGCGCGAUGCAGAUGGCAACACGCUAGAAGAGCUGGCUUGCUACUACAACCACCAGGAUGUUGAAGAGAUGCUUUUCGAGAGGCGCAUGCGAAGCAAGGCCCACAAACCGCUGUCCAUGUUUUUCCGUCCAGAAGAUCUGAUGGAAAACUGUGCUGACGCCCUCCCAGAAGUCCUCUUGCCGUUCAUGACGCAGCCGAUCGAUGGCUACUCGAACGAGGUCGCGAAUGAGGACGAGGAGGACGAAGAGACCUGGCGGUAUCUGGCAAGCUUGGAGCACGAUAUGCCUUCAGGGGCUGCGGCUGCUGCUUAG